GAGAAGAGCAGCCAACGACUCAGCACACAAGCGGCCCCUCUUCUGCUCUCAGCUCAUGUCGUCCAAUGGUAACAGAAUAGGAAAAAAACCUUCACCCUGUUUUUUAAAUCCUCUCCUAUUCAGGGAACUACCAAAUCUGGGAUGGCCUUGUAUUUGUCAUGGAAUUAUUGUGGAACUUUCUUCUUCAAAAGGAUUUUUUCUUGUUCCCUCACAGAUCUUUUUACGACACAAGUUUUCAGUUUUUGCUGCUCUUUGAUUAUUUUUUAUAUCAUGGUCCGAAGGCAAGUUUUGGAAAGAGUGAUGUGCUCUUGUGCCUAUUUGCAGGCCAACUAUAAAUAGUCCAGCAGCCUACGCAUGCUCAUGUUUGAUUGGAAAUUGCAGUGCCUUGAGUCAGUGCAGUGGGGUAUCUGUCAAAGGAGGGAAAGAAACUUGUGAAUGCUCAUAUUAAUCUCUCAGGAAAGCCAAAAAAAUAAGUGACAACCCAAACUUUUUUUUUCCUUGGAGAACUUUUUUUCUUGAGUAUCUCUUUUUCUGGUGGGAAAUGAGUUCGCGGAGGACAACACCACGCUCCACGUCUUGGAACGGAGGGUCCAGUAAUGGGGAUGACAGCGGUGGGACUAGCCGGCCGGGUGGCUGCAGCUAUCUCUCUAACGUGAGGCCAGAAAACAGGAGCACGCUCUGCAGUGUAAUGGCACAGUUAACUGAGGAGACGCAGCCCGCCUUUCAAACAACCCUCAAGUCAAAAGCUGUGUCGGAGAAUUGCAAUGUGAAGUUCUCAUGUGUGGUUACAGGAUACCCUGCCCCUCAAGUUAAUUGGUAUAAGGACGAUAUGCAGUUAGACAGAUACUGUGGACUGCCUAAAUAUGAAAUAUUCCGCAAUGGACAAAAUCAUUCCCUGCACAUUUACAAUUGUACUGUGGAGGACGCAGCGAUAUACCAGGCCUCAGCCAUCAACAGUAAAGGUAUCGUGUCCUGCUCUGGGGUUCUGGAGGUGGGAGAAAUGAACGAGUUCAAGAUCCACCAGCGCUACUUUGCAAAGCUCAAACAAAAGGCUGAGCACAGGCGCAGGGAAGCAGAGGGUAAAGAAAACCAGGAGCCAUUACGAACCAUCAGUCCAGACCGUACACAGAGGAAACGGCGCUCCACAAUGGAGGCCUUCCUUAGCAUGCCAAGCUCCAUGGAGGAUGAGAGCAAUGAGGAGAGCCCCCAGGCUGUGGCUGUGGGGACUGAGGACAGGUUGCAGGAGGCCACCGUGGAGGAAGUGGAGGAAAAGCCGGUCACUAAUGGACAAGUUAUAAAUGAAAAUGGAAACAGUGGCGGGACAUACAUAUAUGACAGCGCCCAGAAGAUUUUCACUGCACACCAACCCAAAACUCCCUUUGUCAAGAAGAAGAUUAAAAUUUCGAACAUCGCAAAAGUUGCAAAAGCAGAUACACUAGGAGAGAGGGUGUCUGAGGAAAGAAGGGCUAAAGACGAGACAUCAGCCUCUGUAGCUCUGGCCUGCAUAGAUCCAGUGCAGUCUGAGGGGAACUCAGAAGAAGUUAUGGAGGUAGAGAAGCUUGUCAGUUCGACUGUAGAUUCAGACUCCAGAAACGUGACAGAACAAUGUAAGAAAUCAACAACGGAGGAAGCAAUGCUUGUUGAAAGGCCUUCAAAGGAUGAAAACGUAUGUGUUACGCCUUCACAGAGCACUGUUUCUCCUGCUGCUCUUAUAUAUACAAGUCAUACUGUGUCAGGAACUGGAGGUAAACAAGCUGCAAAGUCUGAGAAGGAGGUUGGACACAAAGACAGAGAAGAAAAUUUCGAAAUGCAGAAACAAAGUCCUUACCUCAACAUUACCUCAACACAAGUACAGUCAAGUGUUGCAUCAACACCAAUUAUAUUAAAAGAGGACAUUAUUAAAACAGAAGAAGCUACAGCCAUGGAUACUGAUGAGAAGUCAGAUACUUCCACUGGUGGAUCUUUAGCACACAGAGACCUCAAGUCAGUGGACACAGCGUGUGAAAGCAGGACUGCUUUGCCUCAGCAUCCAUGUGGACGGGCUAGAGAUCAGCUGUCUGACAAGGAAACAAGCCCCUGCCAAGAAAAUGUGUCUGAGCCUCGGCCAGCCCCGCUGAGAGAGGUUACACAGGCCCACACAAAGAUGAACAGGAAUGAUGCACCUGUCAACCUUGAGCUUCCACGCGCCCAGCGUACGAUGGACGCGCAACCACCACAAAAGACUCCAUCAGAAAGCAAGGCCACAACAGAUGACAUCCAGACCCCGUCUUUGCACUGUGGUCUUCAAGCAGCCAUUGACAAAAUGACACAGGACACAUGGGAUCAUUCCAGAGGAUCAAAUGAAAGCCCUAUGGUCCUUUUUACAGACCUACAGAAGUCACCCUUUGAAAGCCCUGGUGCUGGUGAGAACACCCCAGGGUGUAACGUUUCGCCCACGACCCCACAAAGCCAAGUUGAUACAGCUAUAAAAACUGUUGAAGGGACAGAAAUACAAGCUGAUGAGGAGGUAGAGGGUAACAAGCUAGGUAAGUUAUUAGCUGAGCCCCCAAAUGAGAAGAUAGUUGAGAUGGAGACUGACACUGCUGCUCUACAUAUGGUUGAACAAACUAAAACAACAAAGACCAGGGAUGUAGUGGGUAAAGAUUCUGCUGUUGUCACUGUAGAAACAUCUUGUAAAGAGAAGAAUGAACCAAUGUCAAAAGUGGCAAGCAGUUCAGAAUUACAGAAUCUAAAGUCCGAUGAAUUUCCGACUGCUAUGCCACACUUAACAAAUAAUCCAGAAAAUACAAACACAUCAGAGCAAAUUAUAAGCUUCAAUGAAAUUCAAAAACCUGUAUCAAAAGUCAUAUCUAUCGCUGAACUUCUGAGAUCACAAAUAAAGGCUCUUGACCUCACACUAGCAAAUUCAAUGUCCACCAUACCAGUUCAGACUGACUUUGUACAAGAACCUACAACAACUGCUUCAAAGACAAGUCAGGAAUUAAGAGAUGGUGACAGAAAAUGUAAACUGGAAGUCAAGACGUCAAUACCUGGCAGAAAAACGGAGGCAAUUAUUGACGAUACUCCUGCCACAAACAUAAACGUAACACUUACAACAGUGCGUCAUCAACUAAGUAAAACUGAGCAGACUCAAAGUGCAACUUCGCCACCUGCUCAAGCUUUACAAAAACCUCUCCUUAUAGAGACCACAGGACCUCAUGGCGGUGCCAGCAAAUAUAAUAAGGGCGGUAUGGACAUCGGCCAGGAAAACGGAACAUCAAGUCAGGUUCCUUCUCAUUGCCCAGUUGUUUCCCUCACUGAGAGCGAAAAUGUCAAACACAAAUUUCUUCCUUCAUCUUCAAAGGAUGAAGUGACCAACAGACCUGCAUCUAUUUCAAACUUAUCAGGAACUGUCAGUCAAGGAUCUGGGACUCUUAUAAAGGCAGAUGGUGAGGAGUCAAAUAUUACUAUUUUGGAGCAUGCCCAAGAUGAACCUGUCCGAGGCAAAGACAUGGAAUCGACACAAAAGUUAACUCCAGAGAUUAAACUCAAUAGCAGAACAGAAAGGGGGAUUACUGAAAUUAAUUCCACAACACGUCUAGAUCGAUACAAAAUGGAAGAACUUAACACAAACAGUUCUUUGCAGAGUGUCCAAAAGUUUCCCACUCAAAGUGUAUUUAGCACUGAUACACAAGACAGUACACAGGACAGCUCUAUGGUUGAGGAAUUUUCAAGCAGAGACUCCUUAACCAAUCCAACUCUUGAGGCUAGUCCAUUGUUAAAGAAAAGAAAUUGUGUUUCACCUAUUCCUUCUGCUACUCCACAAGAGCUGGCCUCUGGAGCCCGCCGCAAAAUCCUAACACCCAAGGCCAAACCCAAGGAGGCCACAGAGGCCACUUCACCUGUUGAUAACCAAGCUCAGAAAAAGGAGGUUUCUACCCAGAGCAGCAAGCUUUCCACAAGUCCUCUGACCCCCUCUGUGUCUCCAAGUCUGUCUCGACGGUCACAUCUACUUCAGCCGGCUGGUGAGCAAACCUCUGCCGUAGAGAGGCGUUCUCCGCUCUUGAGCAGGAGAAAGACUGCAUUGGAGACACAAGCACCGAGCCAGCAGCCCACUGAUGAGAUCAGCAGCCUGAAAACUGAGGGGAAACCUACAGAAAAGGACAAGCACAACCCAUUCAAAGCUCCUCAAGUUAUUCGCAAAAUCAGGGGCGAAACCUUCGCAGACACCUCAGGACACUUGAAACUGUGGUGCCAGUUCUUCAAUGUUCUUAGUGACUCUACGAUCAAAUGGUACAAAAAUGAAGAGGAGAUUGCUCAGAUUAAAAGAAAUGCAGGGGAUGAAACUCAGGUCAAUCUUGCCAUUGUUCAAGCAUCAUGCAGUGACUCUGGUGUUUACGGAUGCUCAAUCACAAAUGAAUAUGGGACAGACUCAACAGACACACUACUUAGUACAGAUAUAUUAGCAGGAAUGUCCCUACGUGAGGAUCUCGGUGUUGGAGAAGAAAUCGAAAUGACACCCCUGAUAUUCAGCAAGGGUGUGGCUGACUCAGGCAUCUGGGCCAACAAAUUAUUUGGCCGUAUAAUGAUGCAGGAAUCUCAUAUUGGUGAUGGCUGUUCUCAUAAAGUCUGGAGGGCAAAAGUCAUCUAUGGUCUGGAGCCCGUGUUUGAGUCUGGUAACACAUGUAUCAUUAAAGUACGCAACCCUAUCGCCUAUGGAGGAAAAGAAGAAAGCUGCCUCGUGGAAAGAAACCUGGACAUUGUCAAGCAGGAGUGUAAAAUUCAGAACUUGGCUCGUGAAUACUGCAAAAUCUUCUCUGCAGAGGCAAGAGUGAUUGAAAACUUUGGUCCCUCUCUUGAGGUGCUUCCAGUCUACUUGAUGUACCGACCAGCUAACACCGUCCCCUAUGCCACAGUGGAAGCUGAUCUGACAGGGGUCUAUCAGAAAUACUCUGUCCUCGAUCAUACAGGCAGAAUAGACGUGAGGACUGGCUCUGUGGUUGAGCAGAAAUGCUGUGCCCUGCAGCACUGGAUCUUUCAGUGGACCAAUGGCAAUCUGCUUCUCACUCGGCUUGAAGGUGUUGACACUAAGAUCACCAAUGUUGGGAUUUCAGUCAAAUCUACGGGGCAUCAAGGUCUAUGUGUCGAAGGUAAUCCCAAAGUGUUUGAGCAGUUUGUCUCCCAGCACCAGUGUAACUACUUCUGUGGUCUGCUUGGUCUGAGGUCACUAAAGGUCAUGGACUCUUUAUUGACGCCAACGAAGCCCAAGGGUUCCAGGAGUCCGUUACUUCAGCGAAAGAUUGCUGCUGGUUCUUCCAGCCCUCAGACUGGCAGGAAAGCUGCUGGCAGCCCCAGAAUGCCAAGAAAGGCUGAGCCAGAAGGCAGAAUGACCCCCACUAAACAAAAAGCUGCUGAUGCUCCCAAAGUUGUUAAGAUGGCAUAGGGUGAAUAUCUCUUAGAGAUCACAAAGAUGCACAGAAAGCCCAGGAGGAGCUGGAGGGAAGCUCGACAGCUGAUGACACUUCCGAAGUAUAAAACCUUUCAGAGACCGGGGAAGAAGAUUAAUAAAUAUGAUGACUUAAUUUAAUUUUAACAGCCACCAUUCCUUGCUAUUAUCACUUAUUGUGGACUGAUGCCCUCACAUGUUGUGGUGAAUCUAUUGUGUCUUGCAUUUAUGUUCAAAUCCUCGGGAUAAAACUAUUGUGUAAUAAGAAGUAGUGGCUUUCCUGGGUUUGUAUUCUAUCAAUCCAUGUACCAUUGGUCACAGAUUGUGGAUGCCAAUCUCAGGUCAGAGUAUUUGUACUAUAUUGACAAAAAACAUUUUGGACUGAAGUGGCAUUAUAUUUUGUCAACUAUAUGUGUAAUUUUCAAUGUAAGAGCACAAAUUGUAUUAUUUGUAGUCACCCCUGUCAGUUCACGAAAAAACGAAAACAUAACAGGGAUAUACAAUAAGCCCCAUGGUCACACCGCACGUUCUAAAGGCUGAGAGUAAACAACCAUUUUUUUCAUGUAUCAAUCAAAAUGUAGCUUCACAUGACACUGUUGUACAGUGGCUAAUGGUGCUGUGCUUUUAUAUUGUAACCUGUCAUGUUUACUUGCUGUUCUACAUUGCACUGCAUUUUUAGAAACCGCACCUUUGAAUGCAAAUGGCUGUAAAAUAAAAGAUAUAUUUACAUCUUGUA